GCAGAACCGCGCCGGGCAGCCGCGGGCGGGCAGACCUGCCGGAGCCCGCUGCCCCACGGGGGGUGGGAGGCCCGUCCUGCCGCCCCCCCGGCUCGGGGUCGGGGCGGCUGUGGAGCGGAGCGGGAGGCGGCCGGGCUGCAGCUGCUAAGCCGCUUAGGGCCGGGGCUGGCAUGAGCCUCCCCGGCGGGGCGGCUGCGGGCUGCGCGCUGCGGCGGGGAGGCUGAGGGCGCGGAUCCGGAGUGGGAGGAGGCGGAGGGGGGGCCGCGCUCCCCCCGGGAAGAUGGGGAACUGCCUCAAGUCCCCCACCUCGGAUGACAUCUCGCUGCUCCACGAGUCCCAGUCGGACAGAGCUAGCUACGGAGACGGGGCUGAGCCGGAUCAGGAGCCGCCGCCGCCAUAUCAGGAGCAGGUGCCCGUUCCCGUGUACCACCCCACGCCGAGCCAGACUCGCCUGGCCACGCAGCUGACGGAGGAGGAGCAGAUCCGGAUCGCGCAGCGCAUCGGCCUCAUCCAGCACCUGCCCAAGGGCGUCUACGACCCCGGCAGAGACGGCUCCGAGAAGAAGAUCCGAGAAUGUGUCAUUUGUAUGAUGGACUUUGUUUAUGGGGACCCUAUCCGAUUUCUGCCGUGCAUGCACAUUUACCACCUGGACUGUAUAGAUGACUGGUUGAUGAGAUCCUUUACCUGUCCAUCCUGCAUGGAGCCAGUGGAUGCAGCACUGCUUUCAUCAUAUGAGACUAACUGAGCCAGGGUUUCUCUACUGAACCUUCGAGGAGACCAUCCACUUCAAUGGGUUUGAUCCUUUUGUCAUUCAGCCCAAAGAGCCAGGAAUUAGGAAUUAAGAUCAUGCACAAAGUAUACAUUUCCUAAUAAAUAAAUAAAUAAAGAAAUAUUUCUGAAUGGCUGCAAAUAUUGGAAAACAUAGUAUUUUAGAGACUAUAGAAAAGUAGGUUGUUAUUUUUAAUGUAAAGCCUUGACCCACCAUUGUCUUUUAAUGUUUGUUCUUACACCCAUAUAUAGGAAUUGUGUAAAGUGUUACAGCAACUGUAAAUGUUUAAACUGCGUGUAUCCAAUUUUAUUAGCAGCAAGAUAAGAGUAUUUUUUUCCUAAAUAAAGUAACCAGUUUUGUUCUGAUUCUUUUCACAAGUCCUGGCAUUUGGGUCAAGGCUUUAUUGAAAUCUACAUUUUAUAACACUGGCACAAAGAAAUAGUUUUAAGCUUGUUUGCACAGUUCUUUUUCUUUUUCUUUUUUUUUUUUUCCAUUGGAGAUGGAAUUCAUUGCCUUAGGUCUUUUUAAUAGUGUAUUGUUAUUGUUGGGCUGGCUCUAUGCUUGAAAACCAGUUUAUUUAUAACCUGUUAAAAGUGCUAUAUUUUGUUUGCAGUUAGGAAUAUGCAGACUUCAAAGUGAUCUCCUAGCUUAUAAGCAAACUGAGAUGCAUUAUCCCUUUUCUACAAGUGAUGCAGAUUAUGAAGAUAGGACACAAGUCCUGCAGUGAAACUCUGGUUUCGUGGGGUUUUUUUAUAACUUCCUUCGGUUUUGAUGAAAUAACAGUCCUUAAACUUUAAUAUGUGACCUUUAACUUGAUCAGAUUGGAAGUGGGCCAGAUGAACAAUAAAUAGUUAAGCUGCCAUAACUGAAAAAAAAAAAAAUUGGAACUAAUCUAGUGUUAGCAUUGAUCACUUAUUCUAUUUUUUUCUCCCUAAAAUGGUUGUCUUGGAUAAUAGCAAAUGGAUACUGCAUCUCUUGUUCUUGUAGUUCUUAGGUUAUCAGAAGUUAAGAAUAAACAUACUGUAUCUCA